AUGGUUCCAGAGGGGGUUGCUAGUGGAAAUUCUGCUGCAAUGGAUGCGAUGCUGGGAGAUGCCCCGGAUUCCCGUGAAGAGCGGAUGCUUUCGAUCUUUGAGCGGGUGAUCACCACGAAUGCUCCAAUCUUUGAGUCUCUACUACUACAAAUCCCGACCGAUACAAUCAUCAAACUGUAUCACACUUCUCCAUACCUACGUGCCUUUCUUCGAUCAUAUCCGACCGCAUGGAAAUCGCUCUCGUUUCGCCUGCCCUUUCCCCCAGGAACUUUGCCGAAUCCUCCCAUCACCGACCCGGCCGUAACAGAUGCAGAGCCUCCGCGCCAAUCUCGACCUUAUGCCCUGGAUAUGUUCCUGAUGAAUGUGGUGGUUCCAUUCAGUGGGUGUUUGAAGAGCCUGGAACUGGACAACACAGCGAUAUCGGGGGAGAAUCUUACAUCAACAGUGCUACAUUCGCGUCGGGAGACCCUGGAACACCUUUCCGUGCGUGGUUGCAAAAAUGUUUCGCUCAAAUAUCACAUAGUGCCGUUCCUCACCAUGUUUGCUCUACAACGUGACAUGGACAUGGAGAACACUACCGGUACUCAGUCCCCCGGGAUGAAACGUCUUGCCCUCAAGAGUCUCUACGCUUACAGAUGCCGCCAUCACCGAAGGAGGCCCUAUCUCUCGUCUUCAUUAAUGCGUAAGGAUGCUGAUGCCGAGUCAACUCAUGAGCUUGUCAAUAUAUGCCAUAAGCUAGGGAUCUGGACAGAUACUGCCUGGUGCACGACGCCUGCCGGGAGAUGCGCUCGCAGAGCUGGUUAUGUGAAAUCGAGGUUCCCGCACGGAGCAGGUACACCGGAGGUUUGGGUUGUCUUUGAUCGACUCUGGAGAUCCAAGAACUGGAUCGGUCCACUCGAACAUGAAGAUACCAAAGCCCGCGUGCUUGAUGGAAAGCUGUGGGAGAACUGCGAUACUGGAUGCUUCGGCGAGGCGUUAGGAACCGGCGAGGGUAUUGAUUGGGGCGAAGGCAAAAUGACACCGACUCACCUGCGUCAAAGUCACACCAAGUUUGUCCGUGGAAUUCGCUGCGACGGUUGUCUCGAGGACAUUUCAGAGCGGUGUGAGCAUUGCAGUGUCUUGAUGCACUGUGUUGGGUGUCGGAAGACACUCUGUGCAAGCUGCGCCUACGAACGGCCGUAUAUCCACAGGACCAUUCCAAUUCCCUUAUCGGAAGGCACUCUGAGCACCACACCCCCCUUCUGGUGGGCUCCUGGCGCCACACAUUCCCCAGGUUCAAUGCAGGAUCCAGUGGAUUAUGUGACAGACCCCAAUGUACCCGCAGCAUCAAUCUCAGACACGACUCCUGUUCUCAACUUUCACUGGUGCUGCACCAAGCCGGAUCUCUCUGGAGGAGGUGGAAUCAGUAUUGGACCUCGUAAUCGCGAAGUCGACCAGGUCCGAGCAGUACCUUUGCCCCGAAAUCAAGGCUGGGAAGAUCUGGAGUACACCGUCAGCGAAUGGAGCAAGUCGUUUCCCAAGUAUGCAUAUGGUGACCCGAGCAAACCGGAUUAUUCUCUCGAGGCGGGGCAUCUCGCGAUGAUGAAAUGGUUGCUUGGACCGCCUAAUCGGCAAGUCUCACCAUGCCCGCGGAACUUGUGCCAGGGAUGUUAUGAUUCCCCACAAUGGAAGGUCCACUGCAAGAGUUGCUCCAAGCCCCUUUGCAUUGAGCAUGACCUUCGAGGACUACGACUUCGGAUCUGCGGUUACCGUGACCUCGAGACGGAGAAGCAAACCAUUCAAAGUCGAUUUGCGGUGAAUCUUCCGGAAUCCCCUAACCCGGAUGAGCUUUCCGGGAGCCAGCGGCUUCUCGAUUCGGCAACUAAAGGCUUCAUUGAUAACUCACAGUCAGAUAGCCUGGAGGAGAAUACCCCCGACUCCCAUGUCGCUGAUGAAUCGGCCCCUACAUCUUUCUUCUCCAAUCAACCAUCUCGCUCCUUCUCUGCUCCAACAUCUAAUCACUCCUCCCCACCGUCAUCGUCAUCCUCGAUCUAUUUUGAUUCGCCCAUCGCGACUCCGAAAUGGCAAGGCUGUCAAUCCUUCUUCUGUCCCCCGGCCGAUCCCAUCACUGGUAUCAGGGAUGUCCGAGGCGGCAUACGGGAUCAGCGUCCAAGAUGCCCCAGCUACCUCAGAGAAUGCACGGGCUGCAAGGUCUAUGUAUGCGCGGACUGCAUCUAUGCAUACCCGCCCUGCAAAUGCUCGUAUUGCGAGGAGCACUAUUUGUGUCCCAAUUGCAUGAGAGAUGGUCCUCGUGACAGCCGCUGCCGUCGCCGUCGAGAGGAAAAUGCGCGGUGCGAGCGGAAGUGGAAAAAGGACAUGCAGGUGCUAGAAAGUAUCUUGGAGUUGAAAGUGGCUAAUGAGCUGGCUGAGUAUGCUGGCGAGUUCUUUGACCUCGUCGAGCAGCGCGAUAGCUUACCCUCGGAGAUCAGCUACGAUGACCAGAUCACCGAUCUCUAUGAAGGCGAAGUUGCAGCGGCGGAAACAGCCGCUCCGUACUUUGAGCCUGAUGACAUUGACUGGUUUCUUCAAGACUCAUAUUAG